GACUUCCUUUCUCUCCUGGUCUGGGUCAUCUCAUCUGCCCGGCGUCGUUGGCCCCGUCUCUCUGACUCUCUCUCUCUCAGCAGCUGUCUCUGUCGCACCCGCUGGGCUGCGUCUCUUCCCCGCAGUCGCCUCCUUCUUUGCCUGCCUGGGUGGCCGCCAUGGGCCGGAAGCGGCUCAUCACUGACUCCUACCCUGUUGUGAAGAGGAGGGAGGGGCCCGCUGGGCACUGCGCAGGGGAGCUGGCACCGGAGCUAGGGGAGGAGCCGCAGUCCCCCAUCAAGGAGGAAGCAGAGCUGGAGCUGCUGAGGCAGUUUGACUUGGCCUGGCAGUAUGGGCCCUGCACAGGGAUCACUAGGCUGCAGCGCUGGCAUCGGGCAGAGCAGAUGGGCUUGGAGCCUCCCCCAGAGGUGCGUCAGGUGCUGAAGACUCACCCUGGAGAUCCCCGCUUCCAGUUCAGCCUCUGGCAUCUCUAUCCCCUAUGAGGUACCACCUAGGACUUCCAGCCCUUGGCACUCCUGCUAGCCACCCAAGGACUUCAGGACAGAAGUGAGAGCCAGUUGCUGCUGCUCAGUGUAGCUCUGCUGAGGAGCCUUUGGCAGGCUGGAUCUGGAGGUCUCUGCAGCUCAGUGCCUUCCUGUAACCAGCAGGCUCCUGGAGCCCCAUCUGAGAGCCUACAUAGCUGAAGCUGUGCACCCUCUAGAGGAAGAGUGGUCUUGGAGGACAAGAAUCUGGCCACGAGAUGAGCCUUCCAAUGCCUGCUACAUGCCUCCCUGACCUGUUGUGUGGCAAAUUAGACAUAGACUUGAGCAGAGCCAGAUGCAGGCAGAUGAUCUAAGAGGCAAAGAUGCACUCCUCACCUAAAGCUGAGGAUAGGGCUGGCUGAGCUCACAGGGCAAGGGCUUCACUAAUGCUUAUUAAUAAAGAACAUUAAGCCUGGAA